AUGCCUCGCCAAUUCUUCGUCGGAGGAAACUUCAAGAUGAACGGAGUCACCGACUCCAUCAAGUCUAUUGUCUCCAACAUCAACAACUCCAAGCGCGACCCCUCCACUCAAGUCGUCAUCGCCCCUCCCGCCAUCUACCUCACACUCACCCGCGAGCUCGCCGACUCUUCAGUCUCCGUUUCUGCCCAGAACGUCUACGACAAGCCCAGCGGUGCUUACACUGGUGAAUUGAGCGUAGAGCAGCUCAAGGAUACCAAGAUUGACUGGACUAUUGUGGGACACAGUGAGCGCCGUGUUUUGUUGAGGGAGGAUGAUGAUUUCGUUGCGCGCAAGACGAAGGCUGCUAUUGAUGGUGGAUUGAGCGUUAUUCUCUGCAUCGGCGAGAGCUUGGAGGAGCGCGAAGCCGGAAAGACUAUCGAAGUCGUCACCAGACAGCUCGGUGCCGUCGCCAAGGUCUUGAGCAAGGAGGAAUGGUCCAAGGUCGUCAUUGCCUACGAGCCUAUCUGGGCCAUCGGAACCGGCAAAGUCGCCACAACCACUCAAGCCCAAGAAGUCCACGCCGCUAUUCGCAAGUGGCUCAGCGAGACCAUCUCCGCCGAAGUCGCCGACAACACCCGCAUCAUCUACGGUGGUAGUGUCAGCGAGAAGAACUGCCGCGACUUGGCCAAGGAGAAGGAUAUCGAUGGUUUCCUUGUUGGUGGUGCUAGCUUGAAGCCUGCCUUCGUUGAUAUCAUCAACUCCCGUUUGUAA